GACGACAUCACCGCCCCCCCGCCCCUCCAGCAGGCCCCGCCCACACAAGGCUCCCAGCAGUUUGACGGGGUGCAGUUCCCCCCCGUUGCCGGCCACAGCACUCCCGCCAGGAAGAACCAGAACGGCCGAAGGGAGACCGAGGACCCCCCAGCAGCCAGGCCUGAGUACCAGUCAUCAGAGGAGAAGGCGUCCAGCAGGCCGUCCCGGUCCCCUUUGAAGAGUCCCAACAAAGGCAAAAACAUGCAGUGCAAAGUCACGCUCCUGGACGGGACCGAGUACAGCUGUGUGGUGGAGAAGCGGGCCAAGGGCCAACUCCUGUUUGACAAAGUGUGCGAUCACCUCAACCUUCUGGAGAAGGACUACUUUGGUCUCACGUUCCGGGACAUGGAAAACCAGAAGAACUGGCUGGACCCUGCCAAGGAACUGAAGAAGCAGAUAAGAAGUGGCGCUUGGAGUUUUUCUUUCAAUGUGAAGUUCUACCCUCCGGACCCUGUGCAGUUAUCAGAGGAUAUCACAAGGUAUUACCUGUGCCUGCAGCUACGUGACGACAUCGUGUCGGGCCGCCUGCCCUGCUCCUUUGCCACACACACCGUCCUGGGCUCUUAUACGGUCCAGUCAGAGCUGGGGGACUACGACCCGGAAGAGCUGGGCGUCGACUAUGUCAGCGAGUUCCGCUUUGCACCCAACCAGACUAAGGAGCUUGAGGAAAAAGUCAUGGACCUCCAUAAAAACUACAAAGGAAUGACGCCUGCUGAAGCAGAAUUGCAUUUCCUAGAAAAUGCCAAGAAGCUCUCCAUGUAUGGAGUGGACCUCCAUCACGCCAAGGACUCCGAGGGCGUGGAGAUAAUGCUUGGGGUCUGUGCCAGCGGACUGCUCAUCUACCGUGACCGGCUGCGCAUUAACAGGUUCGCCUGGCCAAAGGUUCUCAAGAUCUCCUACAAGAGGAACAACUUCUAUAUCAAGAUUCGCCCAGGGGAGUUUGAGCAAUUUGAAAGCACCAUCGGCUUCAAGCUCCCUAACCACAGAGCGGCCAAGAGGCUCUGGAAAGUCUGCGUGGAGCAUCACACAUUUUUCAGGCUGGUGUCCCCGGAGGCCCCCCCUAAGAAGUUCCUCACGCUGGGCUCCAAGUUCCGCUUCAGCGGCCGCACACAGGCCCAGACCCGGCAGGCCAGCUCGCAGAUCAUGCGGCCCGGGCCGUACUUCGAGCGCUCCGCCAGCAAACGCUACACCAUGUCCCGCAGCCUGGACGGGGAGGUGGGCACUGUCCAGUACAGCACUGCCAAGGCCAUCGCCACCAGUGACCUGAUCACCACCGUGACGCCGGAGAAGAAGGCGGAGGAAGAAAAGGCUGAGGAAGAGGAGGAGAAGACGAAUGUCACAGAGGCAUCGGAGCCAGCCCCAACCACGCCAGUCAAAUACGACACCAAGCCCCACCCCUUCUCCCCUGACCCACUGUCCCCUGAGCUGUCCCUGCCUUCCUCCCCGGUGUCGUCCGCCCGUGUGCGGCGGAGGCGUAGGGGGGGCUCCCGGCAGCGAGCCGUGUCGGUUAGCCCUGCCAAGAGCGGCGCGGGCUGCCGGUGGCGGCAGGCGUGCGCAGACCGCCGGGAGGCGCUCCUGGAGGAGCAGGCCCUACUGCUGUCCGCCCGCAAACAGCGGCUGGACCCCCGGAAGGGCGGCACCCUCUUCUCCUUCUCCCUGCACCUCCCUGACCUGUCUACCUUUCUGGACGAGGAUGGCUACCUCGCCUUUCCCGACCUGUCCGAGAUCCGCCUGCUCCCCGAGAGCGUGCAACACCUCCUUCCCAUCCGCUCGCCCUCUCUCAUCCCCUGCUUCCUCUUCAUCUUCUUCUUCUUGCUCUCUACCUCCUUCUCCGUCCCCUACGCCCUCACGCUCUCCUUCCCCCUGGCUCUGUGCCUCUGCUUCCUGGAGCCCAAGGCGGCCUCCUUGGGCACCUCGCUUGCCCAGGGCCUGAAUUACAGUUCAGAGGAAGAGACCGACAGUGAGCAGACUGACUUUGCGUGCGACGGAGAAACGACGGCCACAGAGUCGGACCAGGAGGAGGAGUCAGAAAUAAGGACUCAGUAUAGCUUCAUAAGGCGAGUGAAAGGGGACAAUGUAUUUGUGAAACACAGUAAUCUGAUGUUAGAGGAAUCUGCAACCCCAGAGGAGCUUGUCAAACGGCAGACCAAUAUAAGCGAGUUAAAGAGGUCGUUUUUGGAGACUGGCUCGGACACUUCCGGGCUCACAGAAUGGGAGAAGAGGCUGUCCGCGUCCCCCGUGAGGUCCCCGAGGCUGGACGAGGCACCCAUGAUCGAGCCCCUCACGCCCGAGGAUACCAAAGAAGACUCUAAAGCAGCCAACGCGGACAUCCUGAAGCACAACGCCAGUGUCCCUGACAGCAAACCUGCCCAGACGACAGAUACGGUAACAGCGAAGGCACAUCCCUCUGUGGAAGCCGAGCAGCCAAACACCACAUCCAUAAGAAAGUCCCCAGUGUUGGAGACGGAGACUGUGAAUUUCCGUAGCAUGGAGGGGAGAGAAGAGUUUGCCAUCAAGGAUGUUCCAGUCGUCCACACAGAAACAAAGACCAUUACUUAUGAAUCAUCAAUGGGUGAUGCCGGCUGUGACUCUGACCCUGGGUUGCUGAUGAGUGCGCAGACCAUCACCUCGGAGACGACAAGCACCACCACAACGACACACAUAACAAAGACUGUUAAAGGAGGCAUCUCAGAAACUAGGAUCGAGAAGAGAAUUGUCAUCACUGGAGAUACAGACAUCGACCACGAUCAGGCGCUGGCUCAGGCCAUUAAGGAAGCCAAAGAGCAGCACCCUGACAUGUCAGUGACCAAAGUAGUGGUACAUAAAGAGACAGAGAUCACGCCCGUGGAGGGGGAAGAGUGAUGCAGGAAUGAGACCCACAGUCGAGAGGACUUUUUCCUUAAGAAAUAAACAUACCCAAGAGGAAUUUUAUUUUGACGCCAACAUACAUUCUACAGAAAUUUCACUGCUUUGGACUAAUAAUCGUCCCACCUUUAAAAAUUACCUUUGGGGAAACGGGCUGAUGUAUUCUCAAAUCUAGCUGAUCCAUCCAUGGAAAAUGCAUAUUGCAUGACAAAAAAGCAAUUUUGCAUUUUGUUAGACAAUAAAAUUGUAGAACAAAAAAAAUGUAACUGGCUCGUAAUCCACCUGCACGCUCGAGAAACAGGCAGAAGUGUCUUUCUACCAACUUAUGAACUGAAGUGUUUUAAAAUGGCAUAAUUUCUGUACCUUCAUUUUAUAUGACAGAACCUACCACUCCAGAUGAUGCUACUGGCCAUACAAGAGCGCAGUAUUUAACCAUUCAGUAGAUGUGCCAACCAAAUUGCCAAGCUAUCUCCAUUAUCUUAUUGAUCUUAAUCAUCUUGCCUGCCAAACAAUAGUAACAAUAAAUGAACCUUAAAUUUUAAAAAGGUUGGAAUAUAAUGCGUACAUUUGCUUAUUAGGCAAGAAAUGUGCUUUUUUCCCCCCCUUUGUUUUUACUGUAUUUUCCCACCAAUUAUCCCACAAUGAAGAUGAAAACGCUAAAUGUAUAAUAUUUUUGUGUAAGUUAAAACAAAGAUUGGAAGCUAUUGCUUUGGGAUCAUAUCCUGUGACACAUAGAUGGGCCACAUCUGUACAAUUAGCAGACCCUAACACUUGGCUGAGCCUUAAUCAGUGCAGUGUGGACAGCGUCUGCGUGAAUCGUGUGCUCUAUCCUGUCAUCAGCUGCAGUACCAUCCAUAUGAAAUGUUUUUCAACAUUAGUGAAAUAAAAGUGGCAGAUGCAUUUUUUUUGUGAUUUUACUUUGUCGUCUUUUUAAUAAAAUAUACCAAUGGGGAAAA